AUGUGGGUUCCUGGCUUCGGACCCGCGCGACUUCUGCAGCGCCGGCGCCCCGGGCUGGUGUCGUCCUCGGUGCGGCCGCUGUGGCCGCUGCUGCUGUUUCUGCUGGCGGCCGUGCGGCCGGUGCGCGCCUGGGAGAGCGGAGACCUGGAGUUGUUCGACUUGGUGGAGGAGGUGCAGUUGAACUUCUACGAGUUCCUCGGGGUGCAGCAGGAUGCUUCAUCUGCAGACAUCAGAAAAGCAUAUCGUAAGCUUUCACUAACCUUACAUCCAGAUAAGAAUAAAGACGAAAAUGCAGAAACUCAAUUUAGACAAUUGGUGGCCAUUUAUGAAGUUUUAAAGGAUGAUGAAAGAAGGCAGAGGUAUGAUGAUAUUCUGAUCAAUGGGCUUCCAGAUUGGCGCCAGCCUGUAUUCUACUAUAGGCGAGUGAGAAAAAUGAGCAAUGCUGAGCUGGCCUUGCUCUUGUUCAUUAUUCUCACAGUGGGCCACUACGCCGUGGUUUGGUCCAUCUACCUGGAAAAGCAGCUGGAUGAACUGCUUGGUAGAAAAAAGAGAGAGAAGAAGAAGAAGACAGGAAGCAAGAGUGUGGACGCAGCAAAACUUGGUGCUUCUGAGAAGAACGAAAGAUUGCUUAUAAAACCACAGUGGCAUGAUUUGCUUCCAUGCAAACUUGGAAUUUGGUUUUGCCUUACACUAAAAGCAUUGCCUCAUCUAAUCCAGGAUGCUGGGCAGUUUUAUGCAAAAUACAAGGAGACAAAAUUGAAGGAAAAAGAAGAUGCACUGGCAAGAGUUGAAAUUGAAACACUUCAAAAACAGAAGAAAGUUAAAGUUAAAAAACCAAAACCAGAAUUUCCUGUGUAUAUGCCUUUAGAAAAUACAUAUAUUCAGUCUUAUGAUCAUGGAACAUCUAUUGAAGAAAUUGAGGAGCAAAUGGAUGACUGGCUGGAAGACAGGAACAGAACACAGAAAAAGCAGGCACCUGUAUGGACAGAAGAGGACCUCAGUCAACUGACAAGAAGUAUGGUUAAGUUCCCAGGAGGGACCCCAGGUCGAUGGGAAAAGAUUGCACAUGAAUUGGGUCGAUCUGUGACAGAUGUGACAACCAAAGCCAAGGAACUGAAGGACUCAGUCACCAGCUCCCCCGGAAUGAUCAGGCUCGCUGAACUUAAGUCAAACGUUCAGAAUUCCAGGCCAAUCAAGAUAGCCACAGCCUUGGCAGAUGACAUCAUCACCCAGCGGGAGGACUCAGCAGGGGCCAUUGAGGAUGAGGAGCAAGAGACUGCUGAGGGUGAGCAGGAGCCAGUGACCACAGAAGGCCGGCCUCGGAGACGGAAGUCAGCCAGGGUGGCUGAGGCAGUAACCAGAGCAGAGCCAGAGGAGAAGCCGAGAGGAAAGAGGCAAAAAGACUUCGGUAUAUCGGAACAGAAUGAUUCCAGUGACGAAGAGAGACAGAGAAAAGAAAGAACUCGUGCUGCAGAGGAGGCGUGGACUCAGAGUCAGCAGAAACUUCUAGAAUUGGCAUUACAGCAAUACCCGAAAGGAGCCUCUGACCGCUGGGACAAAAUAGCCAAAUGUGUCCCAUCUAAGAGUAAGGAAGACUGUAUUGCUAGAUACAAGCUGCUGGUUGAACUGGUCCAAAAGAAAAAACAAGCUAAAAGCUGAAUCUUCUGGAAGGUGACGGUGACCAUCAUUUUCCAAAUGAGUACUCUAGAAUCUCGUGCAGAAACUUGCAUUUUGUACCUCAGUAUUUCUAAAUGUCAUGUGCCUUAGUAAAAAAAAAAAGAAAAAAGAAAAAGAAAGAAAAAAAAAAGAAAACAAAUGAAUCAAUUGUAGACGCUGUAAGGUGCUGUUUUCAGGCCUCCCUGUGUUUCCAGGGAGGAUGGGGUGUUCUGCAGACUUAAUUUCACCUCACUGUCAAGUUUACUUUGCUGGGAGGUUUCAGAUAGUGUUCUAGUGACCAGGUAGACAGGGGAGCAUGUGAAUGAACUAACGUAGAAGUCAAACAUAAUAGGCUCUCUUAAUAAUGGAGCCAGAGGAGCUGGCACGGUGGCACUCAGGAGGCAGCGGCAGGGUCCCUGUGAACUUGAGGACAGCCAAGGUACAGAACACCACCAAACCAAAACAAACAAGUAGCCAAAGAACACACAGUUAAUUCAUUGCUGGGACUGAGCCACCUGUGAGACUCGGUCACAGAUAAACCAGCUUGGCCUCAGGCUGCCUGGCAGAGCAACAAAAGGCCAUCUUAAUUGGCUCAGAAAAGGAUCUGCAUUAUCAAGAGCAUGGUAACAUAGUGCAAGGCUGGCUUGCUGGUACUAAUGUGCCAUUGGCCUAGUUUCUAGAGAGCAUGCAGGGAAUUCUGGAAACACUUUCUCAGGGUCUUUCCUCCUAUUGAGCCUUCUUCAUGUCUGAAGUAUCCCGUCUGCUGGGUGUUCCUUUAUAACCUAUCACUUGCUGAUAUGCGCAGCAUGCCUAACCUGAAAAGCACGGAGCUAUCUAGAACACAUUUAGGGAGAACGAUUCACCAUCAGCAUAAUGGUGUCUGAGGUCACCUCUCUGCCCUGUAAGCAACUGCACACAGGAGAACAGGGAGUCCAUGCCCUUCACUGAGCUCAGACAACAAAGGCAGGCUCAGGUCUCUAACCCUGUGGAAAUGUGGAAACUGCAUCCCAGACUCAACUGGCUCCCAAGGACCAACUGAAAAGGGAAAAAGCAACUCAACAACUUGUGUCCUGGAACAGAAGCUUUGUCCCCUCAGCUCUGUAAAGAAGGGACCAUGGAGACAUGGAAAAGAGAGACCAUUUCUAGCCUAUCAGCUGGGAUGGACAGGACAGCCAGAACCCCUAGAGAUCAUGGCCUAGGAAGUGGUCACUACACAUUUCAAGCUGACCCCAUCCUGCCCUUACCCAUCUCGGGCAGACAAGCAUGUAAGAAAAACAAAGCAGACGGCCUGGCUGAGGGCCCACCUCAGGCUUUCUGUCCUGCAGCUUAGGACAUCUGUGAGAACCAGGCUACCAAGUCACCCUUCUCAGUCACAGUGCUAGUAACUGUGGCUAUCAUACUCUGCCCCAAAUCUAAAACGAGACACGUCUUACGGCAGGACAUGUGAGACACAUCUGUAACCAUAG